AUGCAUUCACUCUGGAGGCUCCUGGUCCUCCUCAGCUCGCUGGCCUUGCCCUUGGCACUACAUAAGCAGCACUGGCCUGGCCUGGCCAAGACCCACACAGACAGCAAAUCGGGUCUGGCGAGAAUUAUUGCCCAGGGCCUCAUGAAGCACAAUACAGAGCGCCAAAUCCAGAACAUCCGCUUCCUGGACAGUCUGAAUGCCUCCAGGCAGAUGGCUUCGGGGAUGGUGGACUGGCUAAUUGGCAGCAUGAGCCUUCAGCAGCAUCAAGAAGGCAGCGCCAACAUCACCAACAUUCAGCUGGACUAUGGCGGGAUCCGGAUGUCUUUCCAUAAUGAGUGGUUCUCGGCAAACAUCUCACUUGAAUUUGACAUUGACUCGAGACUACCCUUCAAUAACCAGAUCAUAAAGACACACGCACACAUGAACCUCGCUGUGGAGUUCUGGCUGGAGAAAGAUGAGUUUGGCCGGAGGGAUCUGGUGAUACGCAACUGCCGCGUGGAGCCCAGCAGCGUCCGCAUGACUGUCCUCACUGAAGAUAUCCCACCAAAGAUGAAACAUUUUUUCCACAACCUCAGAGACAACCUGGAAAAAGUUAUCCCACACCUGAUAGAAAGUCAGGAAUGUCCUCUGAUUGAUGAAAUCCUCAGGCAGCUGGAUGUGAAACUGUUGAAAAGCCUCAUGGAGCAGGCUAUUGCUCAUGAACUCAACCAACAUGAGUCCAGCCAGCCUUCCACGAGCCAGACUUGA